CAAAUAUUGUCUAGACAAUAAACAAAGUUGGCUUAACAAACCUUAUAUCAUAUUCUAGUGAAAAACAUGAUCAGUUUGAUCCGUUUCUUGAUUUUUAGGAAUUUUUUGAUCUUGUUGGUCAAAUUUCACUCUGGUUUUAAUAGAGAAAAAUGCCAAAAUGGCACAUGUGGAAUUGUGUUCAUUUAUAGGGAUAAGCUGGGAACCUUAAAACAAUUGUACAACUCAUUAUUAUUAUUUCCUGUAGGAGAAACACGUAGUUCAAACUUCAAACCAUAAAUAAUUGAGGGAGAGAACUUUGUCUGAAAGAGAUAUAUAGCUGAGCAGUAAGUCUCAGAACAAAGUGAGUCUUCCCACUUGGUUUUGUCUAAAUAUAUCAUAUUCAUAUGGUUUUGGCUCACACCAAAUCACUCACAGUUUUUAGCUAUAUAGAAUACCGCUGUGUUUCAGUGAUAAUUCAGGCAAAAAUAUUAAUUACUAUAUCAUCAUCAACAACCAUGGCUGGUAUGCUUCCAGGAGUAGAGCUUGCUAGAAGGAGGAGGACUAGUCAUCAUUUCUUUGACAGUAAUUGUCGGGAUUCUACUCGUCAUCAACGAAUUGAUACAUCUAGUACUAUGGAUGAAGCUGCUCAUAAAGCUCGUCGCAGACUCGAAGAAAAACUCCGUGGUCUUGCUCCUUCUUCCAGAAGGAAUACAGUACUCCAUACUAACAAUAACAACAACAGUAAUGAAGGAAGAAGCUCUAGACCUGCAAAAGAAGUUGGAAAGGAAGUAGUGGUAGUAGGAACAAAGUUUGCACAAUUGGAAAGAAUGAAUUCACAUAGAGAAGUUUGUUCCAUUUGCUUAGAAGAAUUUGGGACUCAACGACAGGUUAUGCACUUGCCCUGUUUUCCUAAAUAUCAUUCAGACUGUCUUCAACCAUGGCUCACUAAUCAUUCACAUUGCCCUUACUGUAGAACCCAAGUCCAUCCCCAAUCUCUACCUUGAUUUUCAUUUCUCUUUGUUGUACUUGUUGCUAAGAUGUGUGUUUUGGUAUCACUCUUAUUUGAAAGAAUCUGUGAACUAUAUUUGUAAUAGACAAAGGUCAGUAUUAAAUGUUAUUAGAUAUAUAUAUAUAUAUAUAUAUAUAUGGGCCCACAUAUAUUAAGAAGAUUUGCAUAAAUAAAGAUCAUAUUAUAUUGAAGAUAUUAAAUUGAAGACCGGAAGAUAUUGAAGAUCAUGCAAUAUAUUUUGUACAUAGCAAGUCUCAUAUAAAUUAGGAGUAGAAUUUAUAAUAUUUUAUUUUCUCUUAAUUUUUCUUUUAUUUCUUUAUAUUUUAUAUCUUUGUAAAUCAAGUAAUGUAAUUACAUAUAUAUAUAUGUGAAUAUAAUUCUAAGUCUAACCAAGUUGGAAAGACAAGUAAACAAGAGGUGUGUCCAUUUCUAUGAUGGUAUACAAGAGCUAGUGAGUAAAAGAUCCAUAAUCCAAGUAAGUUUCUCCACUUUUUUGUUUAGUCAAUUGAAAUGGUAACUCCUCCUUCUUCUCCAACCAAAAAACCGGAUGAUUCUCUUUCGGAAACUCCAAUUGAACCCACACCAAAAGUGGCGAUUAAUGAUCCGUAUGCGAUUCACCAUUCAGAUAAUACUAGUCUUGUUUUGUUCACUCCUCUCUUGAAUGGCGACAAUUAUGGAAUUUGGGCACGUGGAAUCACCAUGGCUCUUUCCGCCAAAGACAAGAUGAAUUUUAUUAAUGGGUCAAUUUUGGAACCCGAGGAUUCAAACUUGUAUGCUAGAUGGAAAAGAUCUACUAAUCUUGUUAAGAUGUGGAUCACCAACUCAAUAGAACCAGAUAUAAAAUCUAGUUUUAUGUAUGUCGAUUCAGCAUAUCAACUCUGGAAUGAACUCCAUGAUCAUUUUUACCAAUCCAAUGCUCCCAAAAUUUUUGAGUUGAAACAUGCAAUUUCCACUCUAAAAAUUGAAGGGAUGUCUGUAUCAAUGUUUUUCACAAAGAUGAAAGCAUUAUGGGAGGAGCUGGACGCAACUUCCAUGGGCAUUACCCCAUGUAUUUGUGCUGCAGGAAAAGAAAUUGCCGAACACCGCAACAGAGAUAAGGUGAUGGAAUUUUUGCAAGGUCUUGAUGACAGAUUUGCGAAUGUAAAAAAAUUUGUUUUGUUGAUGGAUCCUAUUCCAUCAAUCAAUAAGGUUUACAACCUUGUUCGUCAGGAAGAAAAACAGUUACAUAUUUCUACAUCCUCCAAUGUUCAAGUUGAGAGUGCAACCCUUUUUAAUCAAAGAAGUGAAUCAAAGUAUUCAAAAAGUCCGGCGAAUAAGAAACCUAGACCUUUUUGUGACCAUUGUAAUAUGAUUGGUCAUUCUCGAGAAAAAUGUUGGAAGCUGAAUGGUUAUCCACCAAAUUAUGUUCCAAAGUCCAAAGAAAGACAAGGGACAAUGCUUGCCACAUCAAGGAACGAGAAAGAAUCUUCGACACCAAAAGAAUCGUUCACAGCUGAUGAUUAUCAAGAGUACAUGAAGUUCAAAUCUUUUAUGGCUUCCAAAGGUGGUGAUUUUUCUGUUGUUUCAUCAGCAAAUCUUGCAGGACCAUACAAAGAAGAUGCAGAUUGGUCUGGCUAAUCAAGUAGGAGGUCUUUAUUAUCUCCAACAAAGUUCGAUAAAUUCAGUUAGAAAUAAUAAGUCAUUUGAUUUAUGGCAUUGGCGUCUAGGGCAUCCAUCCUUGGAACGUCUAAAAAUUUUAAGUAGUAAUUUUAAUUAUAUUAAUUC